AUGGACAGGACGUGGAAGGACAUGAACACAGACAUUGAUCACAAACCAAGCCAUAAGCCGUUGAAGAACUGGGCAGUCACAGGCACACAAGAACACAUACACGCCGCCCAGGCCAAAUUCUCCGCGGUCCCGGCCUGCAUGUCUCAAUGUCUCGUCGUGCGGAUGACACCUGUUUUAGCCGAUGCCGUGGAUGGAUGGAUGGAAGUGCCAGAGUGCCAGAGUGUCGUGCAAGACCAGUCCAGGCCAGACUACCAACCAACCAAGAUGCGCAUCACCCUGACCAUCACCAACUCCGAUCCCCAACCUGAGGGCGACGACACGGACCUCCUCUCUCUGGAAGUCUACCCCGAAAUGACCAUCGAAACCCUCCGCAGCUCGAUCCAAGUCGAGACGGGCUUCCACCCGACCGCCCAGCACCUCUACCACAACGGCAACCUGCUGACCCCGGACCAAAAUUCCAAGACCCUCGCCGAGCUAGGCGUGACCGACGGGGACAUGCUGGCCCUGCACGUGCGCGGCAUGCGCGGGUCGAGUAGACCCGGCCCAUCUGCCGCUGAGAGACAGGCAGGAUACAUGGAGCAGGACCCGGAGAUGAUCCGCCUGCAGCUUCUGGGCGAUCCGAACCUCAAGGCAGAGCUGAGCCGGACGAGGCCUGAUUUGGCGGCGGCGUUGGAAGAUCCCGUGCGGUUUGCAAGGAUGUAUGCCGAGAGUUUGGAGAGGGAGCGCAGGGAGCGCGCCGAGAGACAGCGCCAGAUCGCGCUGCUGAAUGCGGAUCCUUUUGAUCCCGAGGCGCAGGCGAAGAUUGAGGAGAUCAUUCGCCAGGAGAGGGUCAUGGAGAACUUGCAGAAUGCGAUGGAGCAUAAUCCGGAGGUCUUCGGCGUCGUCCACAUGCUCUACAUCGAGGUCGAAGUAAACGGCUACAAGGUGAAAGCGCUGGUCGACUCCGGCGCCCAAGCAACCAUCAUGUCCCCGUCCUGCGCCGAAGCCUGUGGCAUAAUGCGCCUCGUUGACAAGCGAUUCGCCGGCGUAGCCCGCGGCGUCGGCACCGCCAACAUCAUCGGCCGCGUGCACUCAGCGCAGAUUAAGAUCGGCCCUCUCUUCCUACCCUGCUCUUUCACCGUCAUGGAAGGCAAGUCCGUCGAGCUCCUGCUCGGCCUGGACAUGCUUCGCCGGCACCAGGCUUGUAUCGAUCUCAAGAAGGAUAAGCUUGUCAUCCAAGGGGUUGAGAUUCCCUUCUUGGGCGAAGCGGAUAUCCCCAAGGAAACGGAGGAUGCGAUCCAUCGUGAGCCGACGGUGCCUGGGCCGGCUGGGACUAGUAUCGGGCAGCGGUCUGGGGCUGUUACUGCCGGGCCAUCAUCAUCACAAGCAGCGGCAAGACCAAGUGCGCCACCACGGCCUCAGUUCCCUAGAGAGCAUAUCGAUCAGCUGAUGGCGCUGGGUGCGUCGGAGCAGAGGGCCAUUCAGGCGCUGGAGGCGACGGGUGGGAAUGUGGAGUAUGCAGCGAGUUUGAUCUUCCAGGAUUGA